UGAAUAAGGGCGACAACUCGAAAAUAAUUUAUUGUCCGAAAGGCCAAAAAAUGGGACAUUCGCCGAAGUUGAUAGUUUUUGAUUUAGAUUAUACACUAUGGCCUUUUUGGGUUGAUACACAUGUAGAUCCUCCUUUUAAAAUGAACAGUGAUGGAAAAGUGUAUGACAGAUCUGGAACACAUGUAAAAUAUUUUGAAGAUGUACCAAAAAUUCUUCAGGACUUGAAUCAACAGGGAUUUCAGCUAGGUAUUGCAUCAAGGACAUCAUCCAUUGAAGAAGCAAAAGAAUUAGUCAAGUUAUUUAAAUGGGAAAAGUAUUUCAAUUAUAGUGAAAUAUAUCCAGGAUGUAAACUCAAUCAUUUUAAGAAAUUUCAUGAACAGAGUGGUUUACCAUAUACUGAAAUGUUAUUUUUUGAUGAUGAAUACAGAAACAUAAAAGAUGUGGGAUCACUAGGUGUUACCUGUAUCCAUGCCGAUAAUGGAGUAUCAAGAUCUGUUGUAGAUGAAGGACUUGCUGCCUUUGCCACGAAGAAAUGUUGACAUAGUCUUAAUGGAUUUAGUAAUGAUUAAAGACCGCUGAAUUAAGCAUUUUGCUGUUUGCAUCAUUUGAUAUUGGGAUUAUCAAAUACCAA